ACAACAACAACAACUAAAAACUCAAAAACACUAAAGAGAGAGAGAGCUGUGAAACUCCAACCUCCUUCCUCUCGAUCUCUCCGCCCUCAAAUAACUCUACCAAAACGCCUCCGUUUCGACCAUUCUCCUCUUUUAUAAUCCCCAAAUUACACACUCUUACUUUCCUUCAAAUCUCGCAAUGCUCACCACUUGAACUUGAACAAGUCCUUUUUGUUUUCAGAGCCCAAAGCUGAAGCAGCUGGUAUUCCCUGGGGGAAAACUGCAGGAAAGCUGACCAGCAUUCCUGCAAGGUGCUAAUCAGGGCCACGCUAAAGAUUUUAAGGAACCAAAUAGAGAGUUGUCUUCAAUAGUUUAAAGUGAAAGUUGUACUUUUCCGAUAUUACAAAUUCCAGAAAGAAUAUAUGGAGCACAACCGAAAAUUUCACAAGGCUUAGAAAGAAUUUUGAGGGAUUGACUCUGUUGGGCCAUUUAGUUGUUGAAAGAUGAGUGCCUACAUUGUUGGUGUUCUUGUUCCUCUUUUAGUUACUCUGCUACUUCGGAAUUCCAAGAAUUCAAAGAAACGAGGUUUGCUAGUUGAUGUUGGUGGGGAACCUGGGUAUGCUAUCCGAAACCGUCGGGUCACUUCCCCAGUGCAAACAGCAUGGGAAGGUAUCUCAAGUCUUGCAGAACUUUUUGAGCGUUCAUGCAAGCUGUACCGAGACAAACACUUACUUGGAACUAGGAAGUUGAUUGCAAGGGAGAUUGAAGUGACUAAAGAUGGAAGGUCCUUUGAAAAGCUUCAUUUGGGAGACUAUGAGUGGCUAACCUAUGGGAAAGCAUUUGAAGUUGUGUGCAACUUUGCUUCUGGAUUGGCUCAACUUGGGCACAAAAGGGAAGAACGCGUAGCUAUCUUUGCUGACACAAGAGAGGAGUGGUUCAUUGCAUUGCAGGGAUGCUUUCGACGCAAUGUCACUGUUGUGACUAUAUAUGCAUCUUUAGGGGAGGAGGCUCUAUGUCACUCAUUAAAUGAGACAGAGGCUGCUACCGUGAUAUGUGGGCACAAAGAACUCAAGAAAAUUAUAGAGAUAAGUGGACAACUUGACACGGUGAAGCGCGUGAUAUGUAUGGAUGAUGAGAUCCCAUCUAAUGCGUCCUAUGUUGAGCAGAGCAAAAGCUGGAAAAUUACUUCAUUUGCAGAUGUGGAAAUACUUGGCAGACAAAAUCCUCUUGAUGCUGACUUACCUCUUUCAGCUGAUAUUGCAGUUAUAAUGUACACAAGUGGGAGUACUGGAUUACCUAAGGGUGUGAUGAUGACACAUGCUAAUGUCCUUGCUACAGUUUCUGCUGUCAUGACAAUUGUUCCAGGCCUUGGAAGCAAUGAUAUUUAUCUUGCAUACCUGCCCUUGGCUCAUAUCCUUGAAUUAGCCGCUGAGAAUGUGAUGGCUGCUGUUGGAAGUGCCAUAGGAUAUGGAUCCCCUUUGACACUUACUGAUUCAUCAAGCAAGAUAAAAAAGGGAACAAAGGGAGAUGCCUCCGUGCUGUUGCCAACUGUAAUGACGGCUGUCCCAGCAAUUCUCGAUCGUGUUCGUGAUGGGGUGCUCAAGAAGGUGAAUGCAACAGGUGGAUUAUCGAAGAAGUUGUUUCACUUGGCAUAUGAUCGCAGUUUAUCUGCAGUUAAUGGUAGUUGGUUUGGGGCUUGGGGCCUGGAAAGAGUUCUGUGGAACUUUCUUGUGUUUAGAAACGUCCGGGCAGUUUUGGGAGGCCGUAUCCGCUUUUUGCUGUCUGGAGGUGCUCCUCUCUCCAGUGAUACUCAAAGAUUCAUCAAUAUUUGUCUUGGUGCUCCAAUUGGUCAAGGUUAUGGUCUUACUGAGACUACUGCUGGUGCAACAUUCUCCGAGUUUGAUGAUACAUCUGUUGGUCGUGUUGGAGCUCCACUUCCCUGCUCAUUCAUUAAGUUACUUGACUGGCCUGAAGGUGGAUAUCUAACCAGUGAUUCACCAAAGCCUCGUGGGGAAAUAGUCGUUGGUGGUCCAAAUGUUACACUUGGAUAUUUCAAAAAUGAAGAAAAAACAAAAGAAUCAUACAAGGUUGAUGAGAGAGGAAUGAGGUGGUUCUAUACAGGUGACAUAGGGCAGUUUCAUGCUGAUGGUUGCCUUGAGAUAAUUGACCGUAAAAAGGACAUUGUCAAACUUCAGCAUGGAGAGUAUGUCUCAUUAGGCAAGGUUGAAGCCGUUCUCCAAGUUAGCCCCUAUAUUGACAAUAUCAUGUUGCAUGCUGAUCCCUUCCAUAGUUACUGUGUUGCUCUUGUGGUGCCUUCUCAGCAUACAGUGGAAGAUUGGGCUUCUAAGCAAGGAAUUCCUUUUACUGACUUUGCAGACUUGUGCAAGAAAGAAGAAACGAAGAAGGAAGUGCUUGCUUCAAUCCAAAAGGAAGCAAAAAGGGCACGAUUACAGAGAUUUGAGAUUCCAGCAAAAAUCAAAUUACUUUCCGAACUCUGGACUCCUGAAUCUGGCCUAGUCACUGCAGCUCUCAAGCUCAAGAGAGAUAUUAUUAAAAAAACUUUCUCUGAAGACCUCUCUAAUUUAUAUGCUUCAUGAUUAUUGAGAAAAUGUGGGCGGCUUUAGUUCUAUCUCUUCUUUUCUUUUUUUGCCUUUUCGUUUUAUAUAUGAUUUAUGCUGGGAAUUAUUGUUGGGAAUUUUCAGAGAUAUUGGUUUUACGUGCUUAGUCUUAAAAACAUUCAUCUCCA